AGCCAACCCUGGUGUUCCAGAAAGUCUACACUGGAGUUCCAAAGGACGGGAGAAGGAAGCAAUUGGUGAACACAGCGAUAUCGGGAACAAGGACGACCAGGUUCUCCAAAUACCUGUAACAAAGUUUCCGUUUUCUUUUUUUUUUCCUGUUCUCUCUUUGCAACUCCAGAGACUAGUCCAUCAUCACCAACAUGGCCUGCCGACAUCGGUCCUCGACGACAACCCUCGCCAGACUGGCCAAGCCAGCAAGACUCACUCCCAGACUGAGCACUCAGCCCCAGCUUCAGUCCCAGGUUGCGUCGGCGGCCCGGUGCUUCAGCAGCUCUCGCCCCCGCCAGCUCAAAGAGACUAGAUGCCAGCAGGGCAAGUUCACCAGCGAGACCUACCCUGAACUCAAGAGGGAUCCUCGCUAUGGCCAGGUCACCAAGGAACAUGUCGACUAUUUCAAGGGUCUUUUGGGCACCGAGUCUGCUGUCAUUGAUGGCGUGACCAACGAGAACGCCACCGAUGAUAUCGAGCCCUUCAACAGCGAUUGGAUGCGCAAGUAUCGUGGCCACUGCAGACUCGUCCUCAAGCCAAGCUCGACUGAGGAGGUCAGCAAGAUCCUCAAGUACUGCAAUGACAACAAGCUGGCUGUCGUCCCCCAGGGCGGCAACACUGGCCUCGUCGGUGGCUCCGUCCCCGUGUUCGAUGAGAUUGUCCUCAACAUGGGUCGUAUGAACAACAUCAUCGAGUUCGACGAGGUUUCCGGUAUCCUGACUGUCGAGGCUGGUGCCAUUCUCGAGGUUGUUGACCAGUUCCUGGCCAGCAAGGGCUACAUCUUCCCCUUGGAUCUCGGUGCCAAGGGUUCGUGCCAUAUUGGAGGCAACCUCUCAACCAACGCCGGUGGUCUCCGUCUCUUGAGGUACGGAAGCUUGCACGGAACGACUCUCGGUAUCGAGGCUGUCCUUCCUGAUGGUACCGUUGUCGAUGAUCUCUGCAAGUUGCGCAAGAACAACACUGGCUACGAUCUCAAGCAGCUCUUUAUUGGCUCUGAGGGCACUAUUGGUGUCAUUACCAAGGCUGUCAUCCAGUGCCCCCAGCGUCCCAAGGCUCAGAACGUCGCCCUGUUCGGUCUUGAGUCCUACGAGGCUGCCCAACAGGCCUUCCGUGAGGCCAAGGGUCACUUGUCCGAGAUUCUCUCUGCUUUCGAGCUCAUGGACGCCGGCAGCCAGGCUCUUGUGCGCCAAGUAACCAAGAAGAACUCGCCUCUCGAGGGCGAGUACCCCUUCUACUGCUUGAUCGAAACCAGCGGAUCCAACUCCGAUCACGAUGGUGAGAAGCUCCAGACCUUCCUUGAGGACGUCAUGGAGAAGGGUAUCGUUGUCGACGGCACUCUUGCCCAGGACGAGACCCAGGUCAAGGCUCUUUGGAGCUGGCGUGAAGGCAUCACGGAAGCCCUUGGUCACCUUGGUGGUGUGUACAAGUACGAUGUCUCUAUCCCUCUCCCUGAGAUGUACCAGCUUGUCGAGGACACCAAGGCCCGCGUUGAGGAGGCCGGCCUCCUCGGUGACACGGAUGAGCACCCGGUGCGUGCUGUUGUAGGAUACGGACACAUGGGCGACUCCAACCUUCACCUUAACGUGUCUACCCGUCGCUUCGACGAGCGGGUGGAAAAGGUUCUUGAGCCUUUCGUCUACGAGUGGAUCUCCAAGCGCCAGGGCAGCAUCAGCGCCGAACACGGUCUUGGCCUCGCCAAGAAGAAGUACAUUGGGUACAGCCGUACUCCCACCAUGGUCGGGUUGAUGAAGCAGCUCAAGGACCUCUAUGACCCGAACGCCAUCUUGAACCCUUACAAGUAUAUCUAAAAGGCCCACACCUUUAUUCAUCUUGGAUAAAACAUUCUUUCUUCCAGAUCCUGUAUAUAUGCGGCGCUGACUUGCUCGACUCCACCUGGACGGAUUCUCUCCUGUCCAACAUACCCUUCAGGCGUCAGAGCGGGUUCGGGCCGGUGAUACCACUUCGAAUUGUAUUCCCCCUGAUCCUUGUUUAUCCGCCUUGAAGCCAUCUCCUUUCGUUCUUUCAGGUUAGCUUGGUGAUAAUGAUGGACGUUUAUUGCAGUCAAUCAUGUCGCCAACGACCGCCCAUCACUGCAGCUUCUCUCGAACUGUGUAGUCGGUGCUCCCGAAGGCGUAGUCGUUGGCUUGGUCAGCUGAUUGGCCGCAGAGCGAGUGGUGAGCAAAGCACCACAUCACACAUCUCAGCGAACGAGAAUCGCCGCCAGGCUUCAAAACACCGGACAGUCACCAUUGACGACACCAGUCCUCGUACACUAUAUACCUGUUUCCGCUUAGUGGCCAAUCACAAGCCGGCAUUCCUCUUACAUACCACCUUCCAUGCCAUUCCGUCUGACCAGCCCCAUCCGUCAGCCCGUAUGCUGCCUGCCUAUCCCAGUUGCCGAACCCCUGUGGGCUGAUUUCUCCUUAGAUGCAGCCCUACAGAGCCCCCUUCGAGCCAUUGUUAUACUUACAAGUAGUUGCUGGGCCAAAAGCCACAUCUGGGGGCUUGUUGCCGCUCUUGCAUCGAAGACAAAUGACUCGUUGCUGCCGACCGAGAACUACAUGCUUGGUUAACCGUUGCUGCCAUGCCAUCCAUAUAUGUGAUCCUACAUGCCAUCUGUCCCGGGUCCCCCCACCCCCCAUCUCAUCGAGCACACUCUAUGGGAAGGCUUAC